CAGAAUAAUCGCCAGUCGUCAGCGGAAGUCCAUCGAGAAGAGAACUAUGCAUAUUCCCCGUCUGUGGAUUCGGGCAUCGGUGCUCCUCGGCGUCGCCCUGCUGCUCUAUGUCUUCGUCUUCUCCAGCGGCUAUCAGAAGUACCAGAUCGAGGGCGUUAUCAAGCGGAGCGAACCGGAAAAGGUCUGGGAGUAUGUUGCCGAUUUCAACAAGAUGCGGCUCCUAAACCCCACAAUCAUCAGCUUCAAGAUCCUUGCCGAUCACGGACACGCCCACGACUGGCGCUAUACGGUGGAGUACACGGAAAAACUCUCCCAUUGGCCCUACUGGAAAAAUACGGCAACGGGCAGAUACGUGGUCACAAAGUCCUUGCCCGGAGUGUCUCCCGUGGCCUAUGUCAUCAAGUCCACUCAUGAGACCUGCUUUUUUGGCGGAUUCUAUUGCCUGCAAUCACUCAGUGAAUUCACGUUCAGAAACUCCAAUGGUGAUACCUAUGCCCAGGAAAAUGUACAGUACCAAUGCCCUCCACUGUUGGGCUCCGUGUGCCGGCGGGAGCUGGAGUUCCAGCGCCAGGCGGUAAUGCACAACCUAACAAUAAUAUUCGGAAAACAGGGGGUAUAAAAAUCUAAACCUGACCUUAAAAACGGCAUAUGUGCAAAAAGUAAUGGGAAAACCAUUUCAAAUUAAGCCUUAACCUUUAUGAUUGAAACUACUUAACUUAACUUAAAUUUAAACUUAAAAACAAUUCGGAAAUAAUUCGAGGAAGCGUGCUAUCUAUGAUUUGGUACAAUAGACGAAUAGAAAAGGAUAAAUACUACCUCAAGUUUUCUCAAGAAUCUUAAAUUGAUUAAAGGUUGUUUUUGGAUUUCUUCAUUUUUUAAUACAUUAUGUCAGUGCAAAAGAGGGUUGGGUAGACGAGAAAUUUCGAUCUAUAUUUAUUUUUAGUACAC